AAUUUUUAAGCAUUUUCCAAGUUUACUUUCUAUCUUCUGCUGUGGCUCUACACCAUCUAACCAUGAACGAGAGCCGCCCAAACGAGCACCUCAGCAGUGAAGCGUCCAUCGCCCUAUCAUUGUGGUUCGCCUUGUCCAGUUUUGCAGCUGUGACUGGAAACGCAAUUGUGUUAUGGUUGUUAUACAAAAACGAGACUUUACAAACAAUUUCCAACCGAUAUUUAGCCUCACUGUCAGUUGCAGACCUUUCAGUCGGGCUUGUUGUAGACCCUCUCUGGAUCGUCACCAGAUGUUGGAUUCAGCCACCUUUGUACACCAUGUUGUCGGACGUCUUACACGUGUUGUGGGUUCAUACAGCGACCGCCACUACUUUCAACAUCUGCUGUGUUUCAAUCAACCGGUUUAUUGCGAUUCGGUUUCCUCUCCGUUAUCAGGAGAUUGUAACCAAGAGACGAUGUUACACAGUGAUCAUAUUGGUUUGGUUAAGUUCAUUGAGUCUUUCUGCUUCAACAUUAUUUAUGAUUGGUAAAUUAAACGUAGUGAGUUAUUUGUCUUAUACAUGCAUUAUCUAUGUUGCUCCAUUAUUAGUUGUCUCUUUUUGCUAUAUUAGUAUUUUCAAGGCUGCCAGUGAACAAUACAAACGAACGAUAACGCGGGAAAAUUUCCGCAACUGCGAUGGAAAUAUUAGAGUUCUUGCUGUACAAAAUUUUAUAGCUAUAAAAACAAUCGGUUUUGUUUUAGGUGUAUGCAUCAUCACAUGGAUGCCCAGUUUAGGUCUGUUAUCAGUUGUAUGUUACUACGUCCUAACCAAAGACAAAAGUAAAAUUCAUGAAUUGUUCUAUGUUGUAUGGCCUUGGGUUGAUGCAAUCGCUUUUACUUUGUCAGCGAUCAACCCUUUGAUAUAUUAUUUCCGAAAUGACGACUUUCGCCGAGCCUUUCGCCGUACCUUCCAUCGGUGGCCCUUUGGUCAUGUGGACAAUUCACCUGCUAUUGGUUUAAAUUCAGAAAAAAAAAAAAAAAGGAUGGUACGAAAUGAUGAGACAACUGGCAAUCUGGCAAGUUAACAGAAAGUGCAGUAAAGACAACUCAAACCAAUACUCCUCUGCCUAACCACAAACCUGGUCAGCCUCCAUAAACAUAACGGAAAUUCCGAACAAUUGUAUGUUUUCAGUACUUUAAUGUCAUUAAAACACUACAUUAGAUAUCGUUUAA